AAACAAAUCCCAUAUGCAUAUCUGUCAACAUUAACCCCCCCAUAUUAAAACCAUCCAACCAAUCUCUUACUACCUAAUUCAUCAUCAUCUUCUUCUUCUUCUUCAUCAUCAUCCCCUUUAUCUCUCUCUUUCUUCUCAAAUGGACGGCAAGAUCGUUUCUAACAACUACCCUUUUGGAAACAACCGACAUGAAAAUGAUCACUCGCCGGAAAACAGCGACGACUCCCCUGAUCACUUCACCGCCGAUACUAAGUUCUCUGCUUCCACUUCCUCCCCCAAAAGGAGGCGAGCAAUACAAAAAAGGGUUGUGUCAGUUCCGAUCAAGGACGGGGAAGGAUCGAGAUUUAAAGGGGAGAGCUCACCGCCGUCUGAUUCUUGGGCAUGGAGGAAGUACGGCCAGAAGCCGAUCAAGGGUUCUCCUUAUCCAAGAGGAUAUUACAGAUGUAGUAGUUCCAAAGGUUGUCCGGCGAGGAAACAGGUGGAAAGGAGCCGUCUUGAUCCAACAAUGUUAGUCAUCACUUAUUCUUGUGAACAUAAUCAUUCUGCCCCGACCACAAAUAGAAACAGCCACCACAAUUCAUCAAUUUCACCUGUCAUCCCCGUCGCCGCCGUCGUCGCACCGCCUCCACCAGCCGCGGUUGCAGUUACAGCCGCCUCAACGGCUUCAAACAAUUCGGAAAGCGAGAUCUCAAACGUUUUUGUCAGUGAAUUAGACACGGGUUUGGUUGAGUCAGAGGGUUUCCGUUGGUUCUCGGAUUUGGAGGCGACAUCGUCAGCUGGCAUGUUGGAAAGUCCGAUGAUACUGUCGGCGGCGGACGGUGAUAUGGAUAUGGCGGCUAUGAUGUACUCAAUGAGGGGAGGAGAAGACGAUUCGCUAUUUGCUGACCUGGGUGAGCUGCCGGAGUGUUCGGUCGUGUUCAGGAGAGGAACGAUAGAGAAGGAAGAGGAGAGGCGGCGGAUCAGUGUGGCUCCAUGGUGUGGAACAAGCGGAUGAGUGGAAUGGGACCCACAUAAGAAGAUGAGCUGGUUAUUUUGUUAUUUUUCAACAAUGGAGUGCGUAUCGUGCGCCUUAAGAUACCUAAUUCGUUUUUUUAUUAUUAUAUUAUUAUUAUUAUAAUUAUCUUCUUUUGUCUUAACACUCAUGUUUUUUUUUUUUUUUUUUUAAUUUGGAUACCGGGGGCUUAGAUUUCAGUGUAGUUUGGCCAAUAAGAAAAGAACAUGUUCCUAUUCGGGCUUUUGUCUGGAUAUGGGUGUAAUUAGCAUCAUGGCCGCCCGUUUCCAACGGCUACGUGAUAAAAUUGAAUUUCUGACAUUACAAUGUUGUUAUUGUU